AUGAGGAAAGUAUUAGCGACAGUGGAAGUGGAGCUGAAACGAAUAGAGCGCAGUAGACUGUGCUCAAGUACCCGUUUGACUGAAUGUUUUCAGUCAGUAAUGCAGACACCGUCGCUGGAUCUUUCACUGCUGACAUGGACCUUUACAAGUGUGCAAUAUGCUCCGCGUCAUCCAGUACCCACAAUUUACUCCGAGCACACCAUUUUCAUGCGCAUCAAUCUUCAGCAACUUACGCGAACUCAUCCUCACUUUACACUUUGUCAUGUGCUGCAGCUGAACGCACGAUGGAUAUGGAAAAACACCUUCACUGCACAGAAUGCUGCACAGUCCAUUCGACGACAGAGGCAUUACUACAACACAUGCAUUCAUCUCACCUCAUCGCCUCCAACGUGCUGGCUUCACUCACCUCCCACUCAUGUGUGUCCAGCUAUGCGCUCUAGGUGCCAACAUGAGCACAAUAGAAGACGAGCUUGCGUUUCACCUGCUGUUCCCUUCAUCCUUGCCAUUGCCACCUGCGUGUGUGCAUAUGCGUUUGUCGAAGUGGACGUGUCCAAGACGUGUUAG